AUGUCUCGACGAGCUCCUCUUUCAAAUCUUCCCAACGAGGUCAACUCAAAUCCAUAUUCAAGCAUCACAGCAGCGGCAGCAAAACGCCAGCGCUCCCUCAGCACCGCACAACGAGAAACAACAUACGGCCAACAACCCCCACAAAAGAAACAAAUCGUCGAAGUACUGCGUACUCCUGUCCGGAAUUCCAAUGCUGACUCCAAAGUCAACCCAUCAAGGAGACAGGCUGUUCGCACCAGAACCACCGCUGGAACUCCACCAGCAUAUAAUGGCGUAGGAAAUAAUAACAAUCAACAGAUUCAGAGGAAAGCCGUUGCAAAACCAUUUACAGAUCAACAAAACAGCUUAGAAAGUGUACGCGCAUGGCAGCGACACUAUCGACGGAUGUUUCCUUCUUACGUCUUUUACUUCGAAAGUUUACCAGAUGAUGUUGCUGCUAAAUUCCAGAAACAAAUCCAGUCCCUUGGAGCAAAAUUGGAAAAGUUCUUUUCAAAUGAAGUUACUCAUGUCGUAACAUCCCGUCCAAUCCCUCCUGAAACCACAACUACUGCCAAAUCUACUCCCGGAGCCACUAUCAAUCCAUCACUACUAGAGCGCGAAACCAAACCUCGACGGGUUGCCGUUCCUAGACAGUCUCAUGAGACAUCACGUGAUGCAGAAUCUCGGAAGCCAGGGCGUGGGGCAAGUGACAUAUUACUGAAGGCUCGAGAAUAUGGGAUGAAGAUAUGGGCACUGGAAAAGCUUCAGCGAAUGAUGCAUGCCAUGUUCGACACUCAGUCUGGUCAGGCUGCUUCUUAUGGUCGAGAAAACGAUCGUGCAGCGCAAGCUCCUGCCCUGAAUGUCGAUCUCUCACAUGUCCUUCGGAACGAAAAGAUUCAUGGCCCGACGGAUCGAGAUCCUAAUGCCGUGCCUAAAGAUUUGGUCUUUUUCAAAGGUCCCUUUCUCUAUGUCCAUGACUUGCUUGCAAUCAAUCGUCCGAUUAUGGUUAGAGAAUAUCAGAAGGUUAAGAGUCGCGAGCAGGGCGCCUGGCCGCAAUUCCGAAGCGUUAGCGGAGGACGCUGUCCAUUUAUUGAAGAGGCAGUUCACAAGAAGCGGGAGGAAGAGAGAGAAAGACACCUUGGCAAAGUUGAGCGUGCGAAAGAGAAGGAAACUGCAGUUUCUGCACCCAAGGCAAAGGCUUCUACAAAGACACAACAGCAGACCGAGGAACAGCCUAAAAUUAAGGCUAAGCGUCCCGUGCUCGGCGAAUUCAACAAAAAUGAAAGUCUUCUUAACAACAGUAAAUCAAAUCAAGUAAACGUUAAGACUGAGGAGAAAGAUGAUGUAUUUCAAGUACCAUCUGCAAAACGGGAUAACUCACACCCUAAUAAUGAGAUGGCUUUUACGGCCACAAACCCUGAAAAGGGCCGAGAGCCCACAAAGUUUGGCGCAGAGCCUGUUGCAUCUGGUGUGCAACCUUCCAAUAUCACCUCAGCUAUUCGUUCUCAAAUGGUUUCCUCUCUCGCUGAUCAGCCGGGCCAACGUGCGGGAACUAGCAAGGAGCUGUACGAGCUUAAGCGCAAAGUAGCCGGGAAUGUCUUGAUCGGGAAUGUUAAUGGAAAAGGGAUUACACAUUCACAGCGUAUGAUGGACUUGGCUAAGAUUGCGGGUGGAAAAGACCGUGAGGCGAAAGUUUUGAACGAUCGUAAGAGGAAGUUGGGCGUUGAGGAACCAGUGAUGGUUCUUGAAGAUAAGGAGGUUGAAGAAACCAGAGUAAAGCCAAAAAGUAAAGAGGGUGUAAAGAAGGAAACUCGUCCUGGCUACUGCGAGAACUGUAGGGAGAAGUUUGAGGAUUUCGAAGAUCAUACCUAUUCGAGACGUCACCGAAAGUUUGCUGCAGAUAACAAAAACUGGGCAGAGCUUGAUAAUCUAUUGUCUCAGCUCGUCAGACCCCCAAGGGUUUGA